GCUCGCCGGAGCCCCAAGAAACCCCUCCUCUCGCCACCGCGCAGCAGCGCCCACCGCCGGCGACCGAUGGACAAGUUCCACGACAGGCAGUACGUGUGGCUGCGGAGCCGCGUGCACGGCACGUACCUCCACGCCAACAUCGACGGGAAGAGCGUCUCCCUCCACCGGCGCCGCGCGGCGCUGAGGGCGGCCUGGGCGGUGCACAUCCACCAAGGCGACGCGCCUGAGCCGUACCUGCUCCUCUACAACGCCGCCAACGGCCGCUACCUCGCCGCCACGGCCACGCGGGCGCCGCCCGGCCACAUCGGCUUCCGCGCCGAGCAGCGCGACUACGACCAGCCGCAGUUGCAGGCCGUCAUGUGGCUGGCCGCCGAGACGGGAUUCAGGGACGACGUCCUGCUCCGCAACGCCGGCGGCCGCUACCUCCGCGCCAACGGCAAGUACACCGGCAAGUACCUACGCUUGAAGAACGUCACCGUCGACGGCAUCAACAACGUCAGCACCAUGAUGUACUGGACCGUCGAGCCUAUCCCUCUCAGAGACCCGAACAGUCCGCUAGGCCUAGCUCCGCCGACUCUGGUGAGUUCGCCUGAGAGAAAUCUUCGGCUCUGUUCUUGCCGAAUUUGUGCAGUUCUUGACGUUGGUUUUCUGCGACUCGACUGCAGGGCCGCAGACCCCGAGAGCUCCCCGACAUGCUGGGACGCGAGCGAGGGGUUGCGGCGGCUGAUCCGGUUCGUGCGAGCGAGCGCCGAGGGGGGCUUCGCCGAGGACGGCUGGUCCGAGUUCCAUUUCACGGGGAGGUCCGUGUACCAGCUGAGGAACGAGCUGUACAACCGCAUCGGCCCCCACCGCCCCACCCCCACCCCGACAUCCUCCCGUUCGACAUCGCCAUGUGCGUCCGAGCGGGCCGCUACGGGCGUUUGAUCCCGCUCGUCGUCAACCUGCCCCACGGACGCAACGGCGAGACCCUCCAGAUUGUCCUGUGCCUGUCCAGGACCCCUGCCUAUGGUAGGCUGCGAUACCCGGAUGUCCACGCAGAGUAGAGAAAGAACGAAGCAGGAGUCCUGACAGUUCAACUCCUCAGAAUUUUGGCCGCCUCGGACACAAUGACAGCAGAACUAGACGCCUACUUUUACAUAUAGAUUGAUAUAGGUCGAGAAAACUUAUCAGCUCUUGUGUUUCUUCUGCUAGCUAAAACUUGCUCUGUUUUGAGUGUUGCUCGCGGUUCUAUGAUUCAGAACUGCUGAAAUCGUUGCCUCCAACUGUUCGAGUGUUGCUCUUCUGGCAUUCAUCUCUGUGGUGCUUCCUGGAUGAAUCAUUUACCUGUAGGGGUUCUUGCUAUGGGUUGAUGAUCUUCCAUUUCUUUUCUGGAUGAUGAUGCACUUCGUAUAAAUGAAAAGGCAGUGGUUCUUGCCAGUAAUGAGUUGAUGAUCUUGUGUUUCUGUUAGGCUAUGAACUUACUACAAAUGCGAAAUAUAGCGGGUUCUUGUUGUGAGCUGCUGAUAGUGCUUCUAGUUGUGCUGUUUUGAGUGCUGGCAAAGGAGUAGGAAAAUGAAUUUGUAACGUAUGAACAAAAUUCAGAUUUUAUCCAACAGCGCUACAAGAAGAAAACUA